AUGGAAACAUCGGAAAUCCUCGUCCACGUCUCCGCUCCCAGCACCGCCGCGGACGAUGCCCGCUAUCGUGCUCAGGUCCAGGCCAUCCUCGGCUUCCAGCCUGUCUCGUGCCAAGUAACUACUCUCAGUUCGGUCGAGAGCUCCUGUGAUCGAACUCAGGAGCAAGAUCAGAGUCAAUGUCCAGAUCGAGACCAAGGUCAAGGUUACGAUUGCCCGCUUCCCAAUGACGUCUGUCAUCGUGAUGCCGAUACUCAUGCUUCCCAAUCCGCCGGCCCACCUCUCCCUUGCACGUCCGAUUCUGCCUCCGAUCUCGAUCUCCACGUGAUCCCUCAUAAUAAUAAUGCCAUCCCUUCGCCAGCGUUCGCUACGGCGACAGCCCUCGCCGUUGACGAUCCGCCAUCUCGUGGUGGCGCCGCGCAGGAUUCGCUAGGUAGUCCGGUCAGUGUGAUACCAGACUCUCAGCCCGAGGGAUUGGUGUCGGGCAAUGCCACGGGUUUUGAAUCUUCGAGUCAGUAUCAGACACCGCCGCCGGAUCCCUCGUCGCCUCCCCCGUCAAAGCGAUGUCGAAUAGAGUCAGGUCCGACUCCAGAUGAACACUCAAAGGUCCCCACGGAUAAACAAUUUACUUCCACAGAACGCAAAAGAAAGCAAGAACAGGAGCUGGAAUUGAAAGAAAAAUACCAUCCACACCAGAGCGAUCAUGAAACCCGUCCUCCCCAUUCUACUCCCGCUCCCAUACCUACAUCCAAACCCAAACUUCCGGCUAAAGGCAAAGACAGCAACAAAGCAUCUCUACCUCCCCCUCCCACCCUCGAAGUCACAAUUGCUCCUCCCAUGCAAAUCAAACCCCCUCCACCUCCAAUCUCCAACAAGAAGUUCACCACACACAUCACACCCACCCUAUCGAUGCUCUUCAACCGUCUCCAUUCCCCGCGAAUCUACACACCCAUCCAGCAGUCCCGCCCCCUGGAUAUUCUCGAACGAGGAUACUGGUAUCUUCGUAUUGACAUCCUACACCCAGACGCCGACGCGAACAAACCCAAACCCCACCCAAAUACCUGGGACCCGUCCCUCUUCAACCGCUUCUGGUCUUUCCUAAGCGAGUUUGUAGGCCAAGAAGGGCGAGCAGGAUGGGGUGUGUGGUGUUCCCUCGAAGAUGUUUCUGCGACUGUUAGUACGGAUCCCGGUUCUGGCUCCCAAACUGAUUCAAACUCCACCUCUCAGCACAACCAACACACCCCCCCAGCUCACGAACUAGGUCUGAAAGUAUACGCAUGGGGCGAGAUCGCCGUGCAUAUAUACCUACUUCUCUUUCUGGCGAGCGAGCGCCGCAUCCGAAAGAUGGGCGCGCAGUGGCGCGACGGCAGCGAAGAGAUCGUGAUUCGCAUGCCGACGUCUACUUCUACUUCCACGUCCGCGUCCACUUCUACUAAUAAAGACCUGCCUGGGAACCUAGCCGGCUAG